AUGGCGCGUGAGAGUGUCAAGGGUUCUCCAGUGAAGUAUGACCAUCUCUCGCAAACAUAUUUAUUUGGAGCGAUACGAAGCCAUGCGCACUACUUUGUUGGCCCGUCGAGAUCGCAAUUGGUGUCGAAUGCCGAUGCUGACCUACGAUGCUCUCACAACAGAUUGGCACUCAACGAUGACAAAGGCGAAAAGGUUGCUCGGCUGCAAUCUCGACACGCGCUCCAGGAAAUCCAUAUGAACGAGAUUCGCGCGGCGGCAAGCCCCAUGCGCAAACUCAACCAAAGACGAAGAGAGUCCAGCUACAGCAACCUGUCAGAUGCACCCCGAACUCCAAGAACAUCGGACUAUGGCUCGCAGGUACGAAGAAGAGGGGGAUUGAACAACCCACAGCGUCAAAUGAGCGAACACCCACGAAAUAGCAUAGGCCGAGUCGCCGAAGACAACGGAGUCACACCCAUGAAACGCGUCCCAAUCCUCGCAAACUUUGAAGAAUGGAUGAAAAUGGCAACCGACAACAAAAUCAAUGCUGCAAACUCGUGGAAUUUUGCUCUGAUAGAUUAUUUCCAUGAUAUGAGUCUAUUGAAAGAAGGAGACGGAGUCAACUUUCAGAAGGCCAGCUGCACGCUAGAUGGCUGCGUCAAGAUCUACACGAGCAGAGUCGAUAGCGUGGCAACGGAGACCGGCCGACUGUUGAGUGGUCUCGCAGACGGGGGUGCCUCUGAAGGUGGCAAAAGGCGAAACAAAGGUGAUGGGGAAGAGGAGGAUGACGAUGAAGAAGGCGAAGAAGACGAGGAUGGUGAGGAUGGCGAAGGUGGUGGGAAGAAGAAAUCUAAGAAGAAGCCGGCACGCAGCCACGAAGCCACACUCGCACCUGGUUUCGCAUCUUUCCAAGGCAAAAAGCUCGAACUCGAGUUUGCGGUUGACCCUCUUUUUAAAAAGGCAUCUGCGGAUUUUGACGAAGGGGGAGCUAAGGGCUUGCUGCUGAAUCAUUUAUCCAUCGACUCUGACGGGCGCAUCGUGUUUGACAGCAGCGAUGAUGCGGGAGAUGCUGCUUUGGGAGGUGACAAGGAAAACACACCGCAAGAAACGGAGCAACAAGAGCCGAGUCACAGCACUCAGGAUGAGGAGCCCGUCGCAGAUGAUCAAGACGAAGAAAUCGACCUCGCUUCUCUAGCAUCCAAGUUCUUCCCGGACAUGAGCGUACUGGACUCACAGGAUAUCUGCCCGUCUAUGAAAUCGUUUGCCUUGGGCGACCCGUCUGGAGACCUGAACCUACCUUUCCUCAAAGUGCCCGAGGAAUGGAAAGAACAGAAAAGAGCGCAGACACCAGCACCUGGAACAAAUCUCCCCCUAAGUGUGGCCGACCAGACAGGAAUCUUCCUGGACGGAAGCAAUGCGAUGGGUUUUGACGACGAUUAUGACGACGCCGACGGGCUACUCGGCGGCUUCGAUGUCGCAGACAACGUGGGUUUCGGUGAAGGAGGAGAAGCCUGGGCGAAAGAUGCUAUUGAAGCUCAAGCCCGUGUUGCUCGUGCAGACGACGUGGAUGACAACCUUCUGGAAAAUGGAGGAGACGGUUACGCCCUGUCUUUACAGCAUAAGUAUCAGGAGGAUGCAGAGCAUGAGUCUAUUAUGGCUUAUUUCGACAAAGCCUUCAACUCGCGCGCAAAAGGCAAGACGGCGUUUCUCAGCCUCGAAAACUGGCGAAUGCAGAAGAUCCAGAAAGCACAACAAGAAGCCAGUGGCACAAACGCGCCACCCGCCAGACAAAAGAAGGAGAAGGAGCCAUAUGAGAUUGAUUUCCUGGGCCCUAUGUCAGAAUUCCUGACGGAGUUACUUGAACAACCCCCUGUUUUGAAUUCGCAAAUCUCCCUGCCGAAAUCACAGUGGCGGACAAAAGGCCGCAAUCUACUGGAUAAGGAUGACGAGGUGGUGGACCCUAGAAAAUUGAUGCGCUUAUGGACAAAGCCAAAGUGUCGGGUGGGUAGAAUCAGAAGAAAAGAGGGCGGUGUGGGUAUGGGCAUUAUUGACGAGGGUUUCGGAGCGAGGAAUCGUGUUGGAACCACAAACGCCUUUGGUGAAGGGGCGAGUGAUAUGGAUGAUGAGGGCCGAAAAGGUGACUAUGAUGCGAACUUCUUCGCGGACGACGAUCAGAUGCUCCCCUUUGAUGGCCCAUUACCCAUUGACGACGAUGACGACGAUGGGAUUGAUGGGGGUGGUGACGAUGGCGGACAGGCUUUCAUGGAUGCUAGGGAGAUGUUGUCGCCUCAGCCCGAGUCACAGCAGGAUCAGCAGCUCAACCUCCUCGGCGAAGCCGGAGCAGACCAUGAUCCUUCUGGAUCCCAGCAGUCACAGCAAGACCCGCAACGAGCAAGCCAACCUGACCUUCUUCCAGGCAGUUUCGGCAGCCAACUGGUGACACAAGCUGGGAGACGGAUCCGACCCGAGUACGUGAACUACGCGCGAACGGCAAAGAAGGUCGAUGUGAGGAGGUUAAAGGAGAAUCUGUGGAAGGGUAUGGAAGGGCGAUUGAAGUUGAUUGAUGUGUUUGAUCGACCCUCUGCCACAGCUGCAACUGCGCAACAGAGAGUUGACGAUGGUGAUGUCGAUAUGAUGGAUAUCGACGACCAGCCCCAGCAUAACAUUCAACCCGAAACCGAGCCUCCUAUAUCGACGUCGGCUGACGAAGGUGUACCCAACAACGACGAAGAGGGAAGGUUGAAAUUUACAGAUAUCAUCCAGGACCUUCGCUCCUUCUACCCCGAGCCCCAAAUGAAGGACAUCAGCACGUCCUAUUGUUUCAUUUGCUUGCUACACCUGGCAAAUGAAAAGGGGUUGGUGCUAGAGGGCGAAAGGGACGGGAAUGACGCGAUGCAGGAGAUCAGAGUCACUCGGGAUCCGACGGUCGGAGAGGGAUAUGAAGGAGAGUAA